GGUGCCGGAUGACCCGGCGGAGCGCAGCGGCCCCGGCCAUGGGCAGCGUCGGCCCCCGGCCGCACCGAGGCCACCGGCAGAUGUGCUGAUGUCUGCUCCUUGGAAAGACCUGACCCGCCUGAGGUUGGCAGAUGCACAGAUGUGACCGUGAAUCACCAGUAAAAGAAUGAGUGAGAGAGAUUUACAGAGCCUGAGCAAAUGGGUUUUCGUGCUCAGUCUCUGCCUUUCCACGCUGUGGGGACGACUGACGCUGGCCUCCACGCAUCACCACAGAAGCCAUUCAGUGCACGUGGAGCCCGGCACGUGCGAGGUCAUCGCCGCUCACCGGUGCUGCAACAGGAACAAGAUCGAGGAGCGCUCCCAGACGGUGAAGUGCUCCUGCUUCCCAGGGCAGGUGGCAGGGACGACACGGGCAGCUCCCUCCUGCGUGGACGCCUCCAUCGUGCUGCAGAAGUGGUGGUGCCAGAUGGAGCCGUGUCUGGACGGGGAGGAAUGCAAAGUGCUGCCUGACCUCUCGGGAUGGAGCUGCAGCAGUGGCAACAAAGUGAAGACCACCAAGGUCACUCGAUAGCCUCCAUGGCUGAGCAGCCUUGCCCGGUGCUCCCGUGAGCAGCAGGAGGUGGCCCAGUGCCUGCAGAGGGGGGAUGCUCCAGGGCUGCCAUGCUGCACUGCCAGCAGGACUGUGAGCUGCUGGAUCAGAGCAUCCACUGCACCCCAGCUUCCCUGGAGGCUGCAGGCAGCGAUCCCAGUGCAGCUGCCAGAAUCCCAUCGCUCCAUGGUUUCCUCCUUUUCUGUGGACACAUCCACCAACCAAGAAAUGGGCUCGUUUUCUAAUCCUGAAUAAAAUACUCCCACUGUGUAAGAGCUGUUGACAAUGCAGAGACAGACAGGCAUCAGGCCCCCAAAAUGGGCUUUAAUCUGAAUGGCUGAAGUCAUUGCUGUGGGUUGCCUUUCCCUGCCUCCUGAGAUGCUGAAUCCAAGUUGCAUUGGAAUCAGGAAGUCAGUGGUUAUGUGAAGCCCUUCCCCUUGUGGCUCCUGCUCCUGGGGUUCCUAGGAGCAGCUGCUGAGCUCCAGACUGAUCCUGAGUCACUGGGGGCUGCUCUGCCCUCGGAGUCUGGGCUUUCCCUGCCCCACUGCUGUGACCACAGGCAGCAGAUGUGGCAGUGCAGUCAGAGGGUGUCUGACACCCUGUUGGCUCCCAGGGAUGGUGAGAUGUCUCCAUGGUGCAUGCUGCUGGUUUCUCCUUUCUCAGUAAUUGCAUUAAUCAGGUUGCAAAUUUAAUGUUUUGCACCAUGCAAAUCCCAGGCACUGAGUUUCUGCUUGUGUUUGCAAUUGAAUUUCAGACUCGUGUGAGGCGAUCUCUCUGUCUGCAGCUCUGGGGUGUCUGGGGCAUCAGACAGGGCCUCAGACCAAGGUAGAUUUUGUUGUAGUAAUCCAAAAUAAAGAAAAAUAUACCACCUCCUGGCCCUGAGCUCAUGACCUUCUCCAGGACACACCGUUUUCUGUGGUGUGGCAACUCAAGGUGGGGGAGAAUUUGAGCGCUGUGCCCCUGAUGUCAGAGGUGCUUGGGACCCUGGGGCUGUGGGACCAGCACCUCCAGCCCUGCUCUGUGCCUGCUCUGGGACCCUGCAGGGGGUGUGCUGGUGCAGGAGGGGCUGGAGAUGGUGUGAGCACCACGGCAGUGAGGGGAUCACUGGUGUGUUUGCUGCCACUGCCUCCUGCCCUGGCGCCCACCACAGGACUCAUUAUUGAGACAUUUUUGUAAUGGGGUAUGUAAUACCCUCUCCAGAUGUGAUGUAAAUACCAGA